GGCUGCAGCUAAUAUCAUAAGAUGAUUUCUGGUUUUUUCACUAUUGCUGCUGCAGUUGUCAUUCUAUUGUGCAUCACUGAUCAAUGCACAGCUCAAACUACUAACUGCUCUGCUCUGGCCAGUAAUGGUGACUGCAGUUUCUAUGAUUGCUUGAGUGCUAAUAUCCAGUGCACUGCUAAUGAUUAUCCUCAUGCUUAUGGCAGAAAGUAUUGUCUCAGAUAUGCCAGUGAGUCAAGUUGCUUCUCAACUGGAGGCCAAGCAUGGAUUACUAGUGUCAGCAGAUGCUUGAUGCAGUCUAUUGUUAACAGUGCUCUCUAUAAUGAUGCAAGUACUACUUGUGACCAGUUGAAGACAUUUGCAUUUCAGAGUCAUUCUAAUUGUCACACUAGCCAUGGUUUCUGUACAGAUAUAUUUCUAUCAAAUCAAUGUCAGAACCUUGUUUGUAUUGGAAAUGAAGUAUUUACUGAUAUAGAGACUAUUGGAGCAAGCAAGCAAUAG